UUCACCAUUAAUGCAUUAUUCUCAUGCGCUUUUUAUGCAGUUAGUACGGCCCUGCGACCGAUAGCGCCGGUUUAAAGCAACCCGCAUUCCGGCGUCGAAUGUGCUCCUCAGUUAGCGUCGCGACGCCGCCGUCGGAGGUACGCUUACAAUAGCACCUGGUGGCAACAUCUCGCUUUCACUUUGUCCAAAGGAAAAUCAAUUAAAAGCGCAUAAUUAAACGAGCAUGAUUAUUGCUUGCAACAAUUUUCGUUUCGCUCGGUCGAACUAUUAAAAAAGUUUAAGUAGACGUGUUAAUCUUAAAUUAUAUUCUGACGACGUACUAACAUCUUAUGAUCAUAAGAAAUUUGCACAUAUAAAAGUGUGUUAAAAAAGCAAGGAACAAUCUCGAAGACUUUAGUUUUGCACGCCGUCAGCGUUCGGGACAAUAAUUCUUUCACGCUGAUUAUUGAAUCGCUGCGGUAUCCUUUCCGAAUCAAAGGUUUCGCCGGGAUGACAGGGUAAAUCGGAGACAUUUGAUCCAUUUCUCGCGGAGGAGGAGAGUAAGAGGGGCUUUUUCCCUUUCAAAUGUUGCGGAAAAAGACAGCGCGAGGCACGAGUGAUUCUCCCCGCCUUUCUCUCCCGAUCGACGUCAAAUGACGAACGAAGGCGCGAGGCGCCGUAGGAAAUCGAAAAGGACAUGCGUUGAGGAAGUGGGAAGGGACGUCUCUCUCGUCGAAAGGAAAUAUGAGAGCUUUCCUCAGUAAUUUUCACCCCGUCCCGCGCGUGAGUGACUCGAUUACGCGAGGGAGACGAGUAGCGUGGUGAUUUUAAUCAUAAAGCGGAACUAAGCAUAAAAGCGAAAAAUAAAUACAGCUAAAUAAAAAGUAAAGUAAAAUAAUUAAAAAUAGAAGAAACGAAAUAAAUAUCAAAUAAUUAGUGGGUACGAGUUAACAGUGCGCGAAAAUUUUCGAAAAUUGUGCAAGGUGAAUUCACUGAAGGUUUCCGCAAAGAAAGUCCCCGCAUUAAUUUUCGUUUUAAUAUAAAAGUGGUAUGAUCGAUGUGCAAUCUCGCGACUGAUGCAAUUUUCUGCAGCAGACGGUGGCUAAAAGUAUCGUGCGGAAAGAUCAGGCUAGAGUGAAAAAAAGAAGACCGCAUCGAUUUGCAUCGUUAGACCGUAGAGACCGAGUUUAUUUGCUCGACCCAGAAUCCAUUCGGGGCCGUUGACCUACGUAUGUCGUUCGAAUAAUUUUAGAUAGAAACAGGAUUCGGAUUACAGGAGAGAUCUCGAGGUACGUAUCAACGCGUACCGACACAGACAAGAUCGUUGAGACCCUAUGUGACUGACUACGUUUCUCUAUCAUUGUUCAUGUUGAUUAAGCUAAAAUUAAUAUUAACUGAUCUUUGAAAGUAUCAUUAAUAUUUCUAAAGAAAUGUGUUCUUGAAAUAAUCAACAUGUAAAUUAAUAUUUCUUUAAAUACUCGAUUUAAUAUCAUUUAGAAAAUUCUGUUGAAAUGCUAUACAGAUAUCGUAAUAUUAAAUAUUCAUUUUAUAGAUAUCGUAAUAUUAAAUUAUUCAAAGCUUUGUGAAGUAGAACAUUCUGUGAUAUUCUCUCUCUCUCUCUUUCAUCGUUAUCAUAUCAAAGGAAAAAUAAGACCUCAAUAAAAAUUUAACACUCCUGGUUUAUUACUUUCAGUCGAUUCUCUCUCCGACUAAGCAACUUUCUUUUUGUUGCGACAUCUUAAUCGAAUUAUAGUUCUUUACGACACGAGAUGUAGUGUAUCGAUAUAUUAGUGGCUCUUCGUGAUCACUUAAAUCGUUUAGGAAGCCGCAAAUGACCUCUUUCGUAAAUUUCGCGGAGAGAACAUGCGGUGUUGCUCUUCAAGAUAAAUCUCUUCCACGGAAUCUCGCUCUAGAAGCUCUUGCCAACAUUCUUCCGUCUGUCCAUCUAUUUAUACAUGCACUCAGAUAAAAUUCGUAGAUCUGCGGAAAAUAGCGGGCAGGACAAAAAGAGGACAAAGUGACACUGGUUGCCGAGACCCCCGACGAGCACAGACCGUGUACGUGUGCAUGAAUGUUGAGUGAUUUGUCGUAAAUCUUUGAUUCCUGUAGAUCGCAAACACGUCGCAGAGUUAAUUACCAUCGCGUUGAACCAUUUGAUCAGCGAUCGUAAUCGUGUUUCAUGUAGAACAUUGAAUCGCGGCGGAAUUUAAAUGCAGUCGGAAGGACAAUGCGUUCCUCGGGUAUUUACUCUACGAGAGUAUCGGACGACAAUUCUUUCCCGUGACUCCCUGUGGAUCCCGGACAAUUAAGGGAGUAUUGAUCGCGAAAAAAUCGUCGUGCUCGGAAAUCUCGUGUAAGCACCAAAGCACACACGUUUCGCUUAAGUGUUGGGUUCGCACCUCGAGACAGCAAAAUCGACAGUCACAAACAUGUCGAACUCACCGCGAAUACGAAAAAUGCCGCCCAGGCCAAAAAUCCUGAUUCCGGUUCCCGGACAGUACUACGGUCCGCAGACGGCGACCGGUAUGAGCUACGUGUCGACGCCAUACGGACAAACGCCGCUACCCAUGACGCCAGUUGCCGGAAAGCCGCAGAUGUUCUACUCCAACCGGGCCAGCGAGUUCGUCUUCACGCAAUUCAAAGGGAUCAAGGAUCUGACCAAGUCCGGGCUCAGUGUAGGUGAGAAGAGUGCCUAUUGGCUCUACGAGAAGGUCAGUUCCUGGAGCAAGAGAUGGUUCACUCAUAUUUUUUUAUUCGUUAUCAUACUUCUGUACAGCAUCGCCGGAGCGAUGAUAUUCAUAGCAGUUGAAGGCACGGCAGAGGAAAUUGCUAAGUCGAACAUCAGGCAGAGGAGAAAUGAAACGGUCGUUAAGAUUCGUGGAUUAUGUGACGACUCGGUGUUAAUGUCAGACUCACCCCGUUGGAGAGGAGCAGCGGCAGAGCUGAUUUUGGAUUACGAAACUGAUCUGUACGACUACUACAAGCGGAAAUUAAGCGACACAGGCGAGAAAGUGUGGACAUUUUGGAAUACCGUGUUCUACUGUGGCACCAUUUACACGACCAUAGAUUUCAUUUAUCUAUCUUGCGCGGCUUUCUUCUUGAACGAGAAAUCGAAAGCUCGCGGAGAGAUAAAGGCAGCGGAAGACGCAUACCGAGCUAUGAUGUAUGUAUAUCAAUUUGCUGCGUGUGUAACGCGACUGAUUUCAAGCUCAGUUCUUGCACAUUGCUUUGCAUAUAGGUUUAGAUAG